CCCAAGCCACGCAAUGCAGUGAUGUCGGCGGGAUUUCCUUUCCUGGACACCAGCUGAAAUGCUGUUGCAUAAUUACUUAGUGGCAAUGGCGGUAGUGGCGGCGAUGGUGGUGGUAACCGCCAAUUACGUGUCCAGAGAGCGGGCAGUAAAUGCAGGCUGCAGGGAUACUGAGCUACCAAGCGAAGUAUCGAUGCCCAAUGUUGCACUUUCGGGACCGGUGAAUUGAAGUAUCGUCAACUGCAGAAGCCAUUCGUGAGGGGGGUGCGUUUAAUCACAUCUAACGGUUCAAAAUGUCCAGGUUCUCCUAUCCAUCCACCCGCGGAGCGUGUUGCGCUCGGAAAACCCUCGUUCAUCUCCUGACAAGUUGCCGAUCCUACCAAUUUUACUACUUGCUACCUAUCAACGGGCGUUAGUCGCGUCCUACGCGUCGUACUUCACAUGGAUCCAGCUUGCGCGAUGCAGGAGGAUGACAGCCCUCCAAGUCCCAUAAUGUCGCACCAUGACAACGAAACCAGCCCUACGCCUUCAACGGAGAGCCAUCCUUCAACGCCUGCUACAUCGGUGGACACAGAUGUAGACGAACAUGGGAGUAACAAUGACAAUGCACGCCGAGAUGGCCAUGGCCGUGACCACGACCACGGCGGCACUGCAACUCCUCGCCUCCCUCCUGCUCGUUCCGGGUCCGAUGAGAUGGAAGAUCGACUGCGUAAGCUCCAGGACAAGCUGGCCCAGCUCGAGCAGCAGAACGAUGACGAGAGGCGCGCACGACAGCGGAUGGAGAAGGAGCUCAGAGGUGGACUGUCCCCCGCGGCCUCGAUAGCUUUGGCGGAAGCCAUGGUUGGCCAACCCGCGACCAGAGCUUAUGUGGACGACGCUGACGACGAGGACCGGGAACGGAUGGGUGUGCCAAACCUGAAAACUGCCAAAGACGACCGGUCGGUCGGCCGGUACACUGCCGUCACAGUCGACCUCGUUGAGUCUCAGCUGACCCGCCUGAAGAGCCAUCUUGACAAUAUCAACAAGCUCCAGGACGAGCGAGACCGUCUACGAGACAUGAAGACACUCUGGGAGCGGGAACGCGAAGAGAUGAAGAAGCAACUCCAGGAGCAGCAGCAGCAACAGGCGGACCAGUCUGGCACUGGCGGCCAGCCUGCUCCUGGUAUGGCCGAUCCGACCGGGCUGCCCAGCGACGAGAACAGCGCCGUCCCAGCCGUCCCUAUUGAGAAACCCAUUCUCAACCAUGUGGACUGGGAAGACUGGCGGCUCUGUCAUUUGAGGUCCAAAGGGUUUUCUUGUGCCAUAGACAUCCUCGAUGGCGAGCCCGAUGUCUCGUUCGAGAGGCCCGGGUAUUACAACUACUGGGAGCCGGCGAGGACGGCCAAGGCGGCGGUGGCGGCCAAACAGCGCUUCAACCCAACCCAAAAGGGUAACCCGAGUGCCGUGCCGGGCCAGGGGCCCAUCGCGGAGCGCAUCCGCAUCAACUCGAAACACAUCCUGCGCAUCCUGUCCAAGAUCCAUGGCGAGGAAAUCAGCGAGGACGAUAUGCCGCUGGUCAUGAUCCGACCAUACAAGGGGCUCAACUACUACGACAAGGCGAUUCGAGCAAAGCUGGCGGAGCUCGAGGCCGAGUUCGGGACCAAGGACGAGAGACCGCCGCCCGACACUGCAACGACAGAGACGACGUCUGAGGAGGUUGACGCCGUGCCUGCGAAUGCGGCCAGCUCAGCAGCCAGCGAGACCGAGGGGCCCAGCCCGGAGGACGUCAAGGACGAAUGGACGUUUUCUCUCAUGGCGUACGAGCAUCUCAAAUGCCUCGUGCAGUUCAUGGACGGGCAGAUCGAGAAAAAGAUCAGUUACCUGGAGACGGGCCAGUUCACCCGGAUCCCCUUCACGGACAUCUGGUACCUCUUCAGGCCUGGCGUCGAAGUGGUCGACCAGACGCUUCGCCAAGCUUACCGGGUCGUCCAAGUUUCGAGCCCUAGCCACACAGUGUUCCCGCCGUGGCGGACUCGGUGGGAUAGAGCGGCCAAGGCGAAGGAGGAGACGCCAGUGGUUCUGGUGUGCGUCUACAUCGAUUUUGACGGAAAUAAUCUCGGCCCGAGUGUCCGCGAGGUCCGGAUCCCGCGGUACGACAACGAGAAGGCCGUUACAUCAUUCGAGGUGUUUCCGCUGCGCUUCGCUGAGCAGAGGAUCGGCACACUAGCCCAUGCUGCUUCUUCCAAGGAAGGCGACGAGCAGUUUGAGGUGUCCCUACGCAAAAAGUUGGUCGCUCGCGGCAAGCUCUUCAUGAAUAUCACCAUGGCGGGGUUCAAGCACAUGCACUACAACGGCCUGACGCUGGACACGCGCGACGAGGUGGACAGCAACGUCGUCAUCGACUUCCAGGAGGCCUUCUCGUACUUUCAGAACCAGAAGCGGGCCCAGGCCAACUCUGCAGGUGCGGGGCGAGGCUCGAACAAGACGGACUGGCAGCCCGAGCUCGUAAACGUUGUCAGCAAGGACACGUCUAGCGAGUUCGAGGAUGAGAUUUGCACGGCCGACUGCUGCCGGAUCGUCAAAGAAACGUACCACAAAGACUCGUACGGUGAGUCCAACCGUAACCGGGACUACAUCCAACGGCUUAUGCCUGAGGGCCGUGGCGAGCCGCCGCCGAGCAUCUACGCCCGCCCGCUGCGGGAGAUCAAGGGCCAGGAGGAGCCGUUGGGCGAAGCCGACUAUCUCAUCAUGUCGUACCGCGUGUUUGCCUUCGUCCUGCGAAGCCGGAAAUGGGCCCAGCUCGACCUCAACCACCUGGGCCCGCCUGACAAACAGUCGUCCGAGAUGUUCUUGCGGAAGGGCGUCAGCCGGCGCCAGGCGAGGAAGCAGGCCAUCAACAACGAGAAACGGAUCGCCCGCGCGGAAGAAGGCCAAGAUGACGACACGGACCAGGACACGGACCCGGAGGACGACACUGCGUUUGGCCAGCUUGUCUUGCCUAGGGGGCACAAAAAGAUGGUCAAGUCGCUGGUCGCGCAGCACUUCCGCGACAAGGAGUCAAAGGAAGGGCAGCAAGUUGAUAUUGUCAGUGGGAAAGGCAAGGGCUUGAUCAUUCUCCUCCACGGCGCCCCCGGGGUCGGAAAGACGACAACAGCUGAGGGCGUGGCGGAGAAAUUCAAAAGGCCACUUUACCAGAUCACCUGCGGAGAUCUGGGCACAAGCGCACCCGAUGUUGAAAAGGCCCUAGAAACGUCCUUCAGCUUGGCGAGCCGGUGGGGGUGCGUCCUCCUCCUGGAUGAGGCCGACGUCUUCCUGGCCGCGCGGUCGCGGGUCGACUUUCAGCGGAACGGAUUAAUUUCUGUCUUCCUCCGGGUCCUCGAGUACUACACUGGAGUGCUCUUCCUCACCACCAACCGGAUCGGGGACUUUGACGAGGCCUUUGCCUCGCGCAUCCACAUCAGCCUAUACUAUCCACAGCUGGAUCUCGACUCGACGCGCGAGAUCUUCGAACUCAACCUCGACAUGAUCGAGAGCCGGCUGCAGGAGAACAGGAGCAGCAACUACUUGAAGGGCGACAUCCGCAUCGACCGGGACGAGAUCCUACAGUUCGCCAGGGAAUACUUCGAAAACCCGGCCCACAAGAACGCCAAGUGGAAUGGGCGGCAGAUCCGCAACGCCUGCCAGACCGCGCUGGCGCUUGCCGAGUUCCGCGCACACGAGCGGCGCACCACCCACCAGGCCAACCACGCCGCGCGGGAGGUGGCGGUGCAUUUGAAGGUCAAAGACCUCGUGACUGUCGCCGACGCCUACCUCGAGUUCAUCAACUACCUCAUCUCGGUCCGCGGCGGCUUCGACGCCGACGACUGGGCCACCAAGCUUCAGAUCCGUGCGCAGGAUAUCGAGUUUGCGGUCCGGAUGGCCAUGGUGAAGGAAAAGGAGAAGGAGAAGGCGGCGGCCGCCCACAAGAAAAAGGAGGCGCUGUCGUCGCACAAACCGGACAACACUGUCCCCAUUUGUCCGCAGCCGCAGAUUCCCCCCGCCGUGGCAGCGGCUACGGCGGCGCCCAGUGUCCCGAACCCUCACCAGCAGUUCAAUGGAGGAGCAGGCCCAGCAAGCGGCCCGAUUCCACCAACGGCAGCGGCGGCCUCGGCUGCACCACAGCCGAUCCCGCCCGCUCAAACCGCCACCGGCGCAGCGUACCCCGGGGCGCCAGCAUUGGUGUACGCUCAGCAAGGCUACCACUACGGCCCUCAUGCAGGUGGCGGCGGAUAUGGGCAGCCGGUGCCGCCGCAAGGCGCACCGCCGAAUAUGCAAUGGUAUCAACAGCAGCAGCAGCAACAAAACAUGUACGGCGGGGCGCCACAGCCACCCAAUAAUCAGGCACCACCUCCGAAUGCCCAGUUUUAUUACCAGCCGGCAUCGACACCGGGACCUGGCCAGGGGCAGCCCUUCCCGCCACCACCUCAGGCAUAAGACUGCCAGAUGGAACACGGAGGAGUCAAGAAAAGCACACUAUUUGUUGGCGAAUAUGGUUGCUGUUGGGGUAGGUUGCCGGAAAGAGGAUACGUUCACAAAGAUAGCGAUGGAAGUUCAAAGAAGCUCCUCUUUUUACCCGUCCAAGACACAUUUUUGCAUGUCAGGCCAGCUGG